AUGGCCGGACGUCGACCCUCCGAGACCAGUGCUCUUCUCAACGACCAUGGGAUUGAUGACUUCCGGAAGUCUGUUGAACAAAUCGAUCAGAGAAUAUACGGGACAGUUGACGAGGAGGAGUCCUUGGUUUUCAAAGGUCCCGAUCUUGACACGACAUGGAAGACAGAGACCAAGCUUUUGGCUCGGUAUUCGGGUCCAUUGAUCCUGACCUAUAUCUUACAAUACUCCUUCAGCUUGGUCACAGUGUACGUUGCCGGACGUCUGGGGACAAAGGAGCUAGGAGCAGCAUCCCUAGCGACGAUGACAGCCAAUAUUACGGGAUUGUGCGUCUUUGAGGGCCUCGCAACCAGCCUCGACACAUUGACGUCGCAGGCAUUUGGGAACGAUAAGAAACAUCUGGUUGGUCUCCAUGUUCAACGCAUGAGUCUAAUGGUUUGUGUCGUCACCAUUCCGAUAGGCGCUAUCUGGAUUUGUUCUCCUUGGAUUCUGUCAGCUAUCGUGCCCGAAAAGGAUGAGGCUCUUCUGGCCGGUACUUUCAUGCGCAUCUACUUGGCUGGCGCUCCUGCUUGGGCCAUCUUUGAAGCUGGAAAGCGUUUGUGCCAGGCCCAGGGCGAUUUUACUGCCUCGCUCGUGGUUGUUUUGGUCUGUGCUCCUCUGAACAUCCUUUGGAACUGGCUCCUGGUGUUUCAUUUCCACCUGGGCUUUGCAGGUGCUGCUUGGGCCGUGGUCAUAUCCAAUAACCUUCAGCCGAUUGUUCUAGCUCUGUAUGUCGCCUACAUUGCCCCCUCAAACUUACAAUGUUGGCCAGGCUUGGACUUGCGACGAGCAUGCCAAAACUGGGGUCCCAUGAUCAAAUUGGCCGUCCCUGGCGUCCUCAUGACGUUUUCAGAGUGGUUCGCCUUUGACAUUCUUACAAUCGCAGCUGGAUAUCUGAGUGAGCCAGACCUUGCAGCUCAGUCUGUUUUAAUGACGGUGGUUGUGACCAUGUAUCAUAUCCCAUUUCCCAUCUCCAUCGCAGCGUCGACAAGAUUCGGCAAUCUCAUCGGAUAUGGAGCGUUAAAUGCUGCGCGGAAGGCUUGGAAGACGCACUAUCUGAUCUUCAUGUGCAUUGGGAUAUUUGAUGUCAUCUUGCUGACAUCUUGUCGACAUGUCAUCGCAGCUAUUUUCACCACGGACGACGCGGUGAGGGCAAUCAUCGCCUCCGUCAUGCCAAUCACUGCGGCCGCCCAAUUCUUUGACGCACUCCUUGCUAUCUCAAAUGCUCUUUUGCGUGGGCUUGGGAGACAAAAAGUCGGUGGUUGGGUCAAUCUGGGGGUCUACUAUCUAUUCGCUCUUCCGUUGUCGUUCUUCUUGUGUUUUGGUCCGCCUCAGAUGGGCUUGGGUGGCAUGUGGAUUGGCCCAUGUACAGGACUCGGAUGCGCAACAAUCAUCAUGGCCACGUACAUGCGGCUGACCGACUGGCAAAAAGCUGUCGAAGAUGCACGAGCACGGGAGGAGUAG